UUCUUUACUAGUUCAAAUUAUUGUAUUACAGAAAGAUGAUUACAUGGCAAAUGUCGAUUAUUUUGUAAUUUUUUACCUGUUUCUGUAAUCGAAGACAGACUAAUGUGCUGCCAUGGCGGAUCAAGUAUCCAAAAUCCACACAUGUCAAGUCUGUAAUACUCCAGAACAACUUCGCACUUGUUCAGAAUGUCGUACUGUAUGGUACUGCAGCAGGGAACAUCAGCGCAGUGAUUGGAAAGUUCAUAAAACCAAUUGCAAAAUGAGUGUGACUCACAGGAAAGAAAAUACUAAUCUAAUUGCCGAAAAAAUUGCGGAAGAGACCGGAAGGUUACAAAUUGGAAAAACAAAACUUCCAAACAAUCCUCAAUGGGGAGCAGCAAAUUCUGUUACAAUGGAAACAUUCAGUAAUGAUGAAAUAACAGAGAAGGAUAGGCAGAUGAGUAAUAAUAUAUGGAAAUCUAUGCAACAGCAUGGCUUGUGUAUGCUCGAUAAGUUUUUGCCAGAGGAGCAAGCAGAGCAGGUUUUAUCUGAUGUGACUCAGUUAUAUCGCUCAAAGGAUUGCUUUAGCGACGGAGAAAUUGUGAAGCAAGGAAGUAAUCUUGGACCUGAGCGUGUUAGAGGCGACCGCGUUAAAUGGAUUGAUGAAACUUUCCAAGAAUGUAAAGCUAUUCAAUUUGUAACAAGGAAAUUAGAUAAGAUGGUACAUUUAUGCAGUACAUUAGGUCACUGCAGAAUUGUGUCAAGAACAAAGCCCAUGGUUGCUUGCUACCCCGGUAAUGGAACUUUCUACAAAUGUCAUAUAGACAAUCCAGCUGAGGAUGGCCGCUGUAUCACAUGCCUGUAUUAUCUUAACAAAAAUUGGAAUGCCAAGGAAAAUGGUGGAGAGCUAUGUUUGUAUCCAAAAGGAACGAAGAGAAAAAUAUUGUGUGAACCACAAUUUAAUCGUUUGAUGAUGUUUUUCUCCAAUGAUAGAAAUCCCCACGAAGUACUGCCAGCUUAUAAAGAAAGGUUUGCAAUCACAUGCUGGUAUUUUGAUCACGAUGAAAGACUUAAAGCCUUAGCUCAGUGGGCGCAGAAGCAGAACUCUUUAGUGAAAACUUAACACCAACUUUAUCAACAAAAAUCAAACCAUAAAACUACAAGUCGGUAUUAUUAUGUGAUAUAUGUCACAUAAGAUUGUAUCAGAUGAUUUAUUGAUUUUAUUUAAAUAUUAACUUAAUUGUGUGAUUUUAUACAAACCAUUGUCUAUGUAUAAAUUCUUGAACCCCAACUCUGAUAUUUUUCAUACCACACAACAGAGGUUUGUUAUUUGUGUUUCAUUACUAUAUGGUUAUUUUUACUGUUGAAUUAAGGUGCAACUUGUCUUUCUUUUACAAAUGCAUCACCUUAAACAGUUUUAUUUUGCUAUUGUUAUUUAAUUAUUUCGCUUUAAUUUAUUGCUUUGUAUUAAAAUUGUGGAUGUGUACUAUCAAA